AUGCCUAGCAAGCUGCCCUUUCGGCUGGGCAAGCAGAAGGAUGUCAAAGGGGACGAGAAAGAUAACAGGGAACAAGGGCAGAGUCAGCAGAAUGCCGCAUUUUUCGGCCGGCUACUUGCCCUCCCAUACGAGCUCCAGGCGCAGAUUCUUUGCGAGCUAGUAUUCGUCGAUCUCCUGGCGCUUCGUCUCACCUCACAUGCCUGUUGGAGCAUGGUGGCAGCUUGUCAAUCGGACAUUGUGCGAAGUUGGACGAAGCAUGAACUCAAUCGAUUGGAGAGGUCGCUCUAUCCACCGCCUACACUCGGCGAAGCCAAGCUCCAGUACAUAUUGGAGGUCCAACGCCAGCAAGCCAUAGCCUGCAAGCUCGCGAGAAAUGUAGCCGACUUCGUGGCGAGGAAGAUACUGCUGCGAGACACGGUGCGUAAACGGGAGAAGUUUCAACCGGCAUGGGAAAGGAUGUACGAGAAGUCUGUUCCGCUGCUCUUCACUAUUGGACAUUUUCUCAAGGAAUACCGGAAGCUGUUGCUGCAGAAAUGCGUGGCGGAAUCGGACCCAAAGCACGGAUUUCGUCUCUAUGCUUGUUCUAAUAUGGAGUACCUCAAACCCCUACAGAAAGGGAUUCUGACCAAAUACGACCCCAGACAUGUUCUGGAGUGUCACCGUAUGUGCUACUUCUUGUUCCAAGCAUUCGAGCAGAAGCUACGGCCGCCGUCCUAUGCAAGUCCGGUGGAGAAGCUCAUGAGGGGAUGGAUUGGCAAGCCAGCGUCUCCCGAAGAGAUUGGCACUGUCCUGCUUCUCGGAGGCCUGGGGCAGGUCGAGAAGAUCUGGUCGCAAAGCUCAUACAACGAACGAAGGAAAGCUCAGGUCGCGUUCGUCAAAAGUGUCUCGCCCCACGAGACAACGAAAUGGAGGGAGAACUGGACAAAGAUUUGCGUCGAGUCGCCUCUCAUUCCGCUCGACCGCAUAUCAGUCACUCAGAUUGCGAUCCCUUUGCCACAGGAUAUAUGGAGGGCUGCGGCGCAGGAUGUGCUAAUGGCAGAAAACCUGAUCGAGGAAGACGAAGCUGCCGAGGACCCAGCCCUUGGACUUCGAGAUUUCAUUAGCGGGUUGGUGGGGUUUGAUACCAGGCGCUACGCAUCGCCGCCCCAACCACGAACGACCGAUAUCGAUGAUGAUGAAUCUGAUGGCGAAGAUGAAGUAGGAGAUGGCUCCGACUCGGAUGGAUGA